UUCAUCUCUGUAUUUAGAAACUAAAACAAGAGACAACUAUCAACUGCAGGAGGGGAAACCACGCGGCUGUUGCACCCCCACUCCCAUUCACAGAGGAAAUUGUGGUUUUAGCUGCUCUAAAUCAAACAUUCAAAGUGUUUAAUGUCACAUCACCAACAGGUACGAUGGCACAAACAUCUCUGCAAUGGCUGAUCUCCUCUCUGACUGUGAGUCCCAGCAGCUCCCAGAUGUUUAGAGGACAGUCUGUCUCUCUGAGCUGUGAGGAGGACGACAGCUCUGCUGGAUGGACUCUGAGGAGGAACACAACCAGAGAAACCAGGACUCAGUGUGGAGAUGGCUGGGGAAGAUCUGCUGGUUCUUCCUGUAACAUCAGCUACAUGGACCCAUCGGACAGUGGAGUUUACUGGUGUGAGUCCAGAGAGGGAGCAACCAGUAACAGCAUCAACAUCACUGUCACUGAUGGACCAGUGAUCCUGCAGAGUCCUGUCCUCCCUGUGAUGGAGGGAGAAGACCUCACUCUGACCUGUAAAACAAAGACGUCCUCCAACCUCCCAGCUGGUUUCUAUAAAGAUGGCUCCUUCAUCAGGACUGAGUCUGCAGCUCACAUGACCAUCCACCAUGUUUCCAGGUCUGAUGAAGGCCUCUACAAGUGCAACAUCAGCAGUGUUGGAGAGUCUCCAUCCAGCUGGGUCUCUGUCACAGAGAAACCUACAUCCACAAACCCUCCUACAACAAGCACUCUGCUGCCCCCUUACACAACCUCAGUGAUCAGACUGGUCGUCCACCUGGUGGUGUUCUGUCCGUACUGCAUCUCCACUUUCAUCAUGGUGUCUUUAUAUCGACACAGGGCCACAGGAAAUGGCCUAUCUGUUGCCAUGGUGAUGACCUCGCCCACACAGGCUGAGGAGGGAUUGGAUGAUGAAUAUGAUGAUGUCAUCACCGCUGUCACCAGAGAGCAUCACUUCUGAACUGAUCUGAGAAGAAGCUGAAAUCUCCGUAGAUCAGAAACAGUUCCCCCGGCCGUCUUGAUAUAAUUAUGAUUUAAACAUAUUCAAUAUGAAAUCAUUGUUUUAAGUUUGAAUUGUUCCUUUACUGCCAGCCACAGCUAUCUCUGUAAUCCUGAAUAUUUUAUAUUAUAACAAUAAAGCUUU